GCCUACUGUCAUUUUCGAUACAGUGUGUGUGUAUUAACCAACGUGCGCCAUUUGGUCAGUUCUUUUUUUUUAAUUUGAAUCAAUAUUAAAUGCAAAAAUGAGUAGUGACGAUGAUGACCGCGAAUUGUUACAAAUCCAGCAACCCGAUGCUGCCCUGAACAAUGAGAAAGAGGACAGUGCCAACGAACACAUUGUGUCUGAAAGAGGAAAGGAACUCGCAUACAAAGUUUUCGGUAAUAAAGAACAACUUCUGUCGAACCUAUCCAAAGCUGUAAAUGAAACUGGCUCAAAGAAACGAAAGAAACGACAACCGCUGUGGCAUGACUCGGAUGAUGAGCACUUGGAAGCUGAUGAUGUUAUUGAUUACGGCAAGAAAGGCGCUCCAACGGUCAGAAAAAUUGGCAAGUACAAGGCUCACUUGGAGAACACAUUUCAGAACGUUCUUGGGGCACCGAAAUGGGCCGACUUAGAUAGGAAAAAAGAAAGUGAUUCGGAUGACGACGAUGCAGUCAUUAGCCGUACAGUUGGUCUAAUCAAACCGCACACAUCAGAUAAACUGCCGUCAACAGUUCUACAAUUUAAGAGAUUAAAAGAUGUGAACAGAGCUACGUAUGCAGAGGGACCUGGAAUAACGUCGACCGUCUUUCAUCCAACAUCAACUGCGGCUAUUGUGACUGGAUACUCUGGUGUUGCGACAAUUUAUGCCAUUGACGGGAAGAAGAAUGAGAAACUGCACAGCAUUACAUUUGAGAACUUUCCCAUCAAACAGUGUAGCCUUACGAAUUCCGGCAAUCAGGCGAUAAUCGGUGGCAGCAAAAAGUACUUUUACACAUUCGAUCUUCUCACCGGUUCGGCACAACGAGUCUUUCUACCGAAAAACAUUACCAAAAUGACACAAUUUCAAUUGUCUCCGUGUGGAACCUAUCUGGCAGUCGUCGGCCGUUUCGGUGAGGUGCACAUUUUGAGUGCCACCACAAAGGAGAAACUCUUCACACUGAAACAAGAGCAUCCAUGCGUGGCGCUGGCAUUUUCAACCGAUUCAACCAAACUGUUCUCACACAGUUCGGAUGCUGAAGUAACCGUAUUCGAUAUGAAAAGUCGCCUUGUCGAGCAUCGAUUUUGGGACGAUGGAUGCAUUAACGGUUCCACCAUAGCAAUAAGCCCAAGCGGAGAACUACUGGCUACCGGUAGUAGGCAAGGAGUGGUGAACGUGUACGAUUUGCGGCAUAGUCUAACAACCAAGACACCGACACCACUGAAAGCUGUUAUGAAUCUGACCACAGCCAUUUCAUCGAUCAAAUUCAACUCGACAUCGGAAAUAUUGGCAAUGUCGUCGAAUUGUAUUGCUGAUGCUGUCAGAAUGGUACAUUUUCCGUCUGGUACUGUGUUCAAUAACUUCCCGGGCGUUUUAUCCAAAUUGGACAAACCAACCGUUUUGUCAUUUUCACCGCAAAGUGGAUAUUUUGCGAUCGGCUGUAUGGCUAAGCAGGUGUCCUUGUACCGGUUGAAGCAUUACAAUAACUAUUAGGGUCUGAGAAUUGUGACGGUUCACUGUACAAAUGAAA